UGGCUGGAGGAGAGCUACCCGCACUAUGACGAGUACAAGCAGCUGAUCAGCUGGCGUUCGUACGUCGUCUGCGACGUUAACCAGGCCGACGUCAACAACUGGCUGCGUACGCCGUUCAUCGAGCGCGGCGCCGCGGAGCGACUCUACAUCGAGGUGAAGUUCUCCAUGAGGGACUGCACUCACUUCCCGGCCACCGUACGCUCGUGUAAGGAAACAUUCAGCUUGCUCUACUACGAGUCCGAGUUCGAUUUCGCGGACGAGGCGAUGCCGACGUGGAACGCGCGCACGUACUCGAUGGUGGACCGGAUCGCAGCCGACGAGGGUCGGUUCAGCGAUAACAACGAGGUCGUUAUCAACACGGAGGUACGCAGUGUGGCUGCGAGUAAGCGCGGGGUGUAUUUCGCCUUUCACGACGAGGGCGCGUGCAUCUCGCUGCUCGCCGUGCGCGUGUACUACGUGACGUGUCCAAACAUCACGCUCAACCACGCGUUCUUCCCCGAGACUCCCACGGGCCGUGAAGUGUCGUCGAUAAAGCAGACGAUCGGUGGGUGCGUGCCGAACGCGGCGCAGAGCCGUACGCCGUCCUACCUGUGCACGGGCGGCGGGCAAUGGGACCUGCUGACCGGAGGGUGCGAGUGCGUGGCCGGAUACCAGGCCAUCGGUCAGCAAUGCGAAG